AUACCGCGAGCAUCAAUGGAUCCCGCGUACAAGAUGGGCGCCAUGUUCCGGAGCGAGGAGAUGGUCCUGUGCCAGCUGUUCGUGCAGCCGGAGGCAGCUUACGUCUCGAUGUACGAGCUGGGUGAGGCUGGAGUCGCACAGUUUCGGGAUCUAAAUCCUCACGUGAACGACUUCCAACGUCGGUACGUGAGCGAGGUGCGCCGCUGCAGCGAGAUGGAGCGGAAGCUGCGCUGGGUGAGCGGUGAGCUGCCCGAGCCGCCGCCGCCGCCGAAACCAGCCCACCGCAUGCUCAGCCCGCGCGAGAUCAAUAUACUAGAGGAACGAAUCGACUACAUAGAAUCGGAGAUACAAGAGAUCACACGUAACGCACGUAACUUGAAGAGCGACUAUCUCGCCCUGAAAGAGCUCAAACUCCUCAUAGAGAAGAUGCAGACGUUUUUCCAAGACCACAGCGCGCAGAGGAAGAUAUCAGCAACAGUCCAGAUAUACAACAAUGAUGCGGUGCUUGGACACCUGGGGUUCAUAGCGGGAACGGUGGCGACUGCCCGCGUGCCGUCCUUCGAGAGAAUGCUCUGGAGAAUAUCCCACGGGAACAUAUUCUUCAAGCAAGCUCAGAUUGAUGAGAUGCUGAAAGAUCCUGUUACGGGUCACGAUCUCCAGAAGACAGUGUUCGUGGUGUUCUUCCACGGAGAGCAGAUCAAGCUGCGUGUGAAGAAGGUGUGCCACGGGUUCCAAGCGACUCUCUACCCUUGCCCAGCCACUUAUAAAGACCAACUGGAGAUGCUGGCUGGAGUGGAGACCAGGAUCAAAGACUUGGAGAUGGUAUUAGAACAAACUGAACAACAUAGACGAUUGGUGCUAACCAACAUAGCGCGAGACAUCAGCACCUGGAUGGUAGUGGUGCGCAAGGAGAAGGCUAUAUACCACACUCUGAACAUGUUUAGCAUGGACAUCGUGAAGAAAUGCCUCAUUGCUGAGUGCUGGGUGCCGCGCCGAGACAUCCACAUCGUGCAGAAGGCGUUGGACGAUGGCGUGAAAGCAACGGGCAGUCCGAUACCUUCUAUCCUGCACUACGUUCCCACAAGAGAAGUUCCCCCCACGUUCCACAGGACCAAUAAGUUCACAAAAGGCUUCCAGAACCUCAUUGAUUCCUAUGGAAUCGCUAGUUACAGAGAAGUUAAUCCAGCUCUGUACACGAUCGUGACAUUCCCGUUCCUCUUCGCCGUGAUGUUCGGCGACGUCGGCCACGGCCUCAUCAUGACCAUAUUCGCGGCCCUCAUCGUCAUAUACGAGAAAAGACUCGCAAAAAUCAACACGGACAACGAAAUUUGGAACAUAUUCUUCGCCGGCCGCUAUAUAAUCUUACUCAUGGGCGUAUUCUCUAUGUACACGGGUUUGAUUUACAACGACAUGUUUUCGAAGUCGCUCAAUAUCUUCGGCAGUAGUUGGAAGAAUGUGUACGAUAACUCUACUUUGAUGGGUAACAAGAUGCUAGAAUUGGACCCCGGUGUCGCAUACACACAGACGCCUUACCCGUUCGGGUUGGAUCCCGCUUGGCAGUUCGCAGCGAACAACAUAAUAUUUCUAAAUUCUUUCAAGAUGAAACUGUCGAUAAUAUUCGGAGUGAUUCACAUGGCGUUCGGUGUGACUAUGAGUGUGGUAAACUUCAACUUCUUCAAGAAGCCGGAGCUGAUCUUCCUGCAGUACAUCCCGCAGAUCGUGUUUCUACUGUUGUUGUUCUGGUACCUCUGCAUCCUGAUGUUUAUGAAGUGGACCAUGUAUUCCGCCGAUGCUAAAGAUCCUGCAUUGGGAACAUCGUGCGCACCAUCAGUUCUGAUAAUCUUCAUCAACAUGAUGCUGCUAAAGAGUUCUGAGGAGAAGCCUCCAUGCAAGGCGUUCAUGUACGAUGGUCAGGACGAACUACAAAAGACUUUCCUCGCGCUGGCCUUCCUCUGCGUGCCAGUCAUGCUAUUCGGGAAGCCGGUGCAUGAAAUGAUGAGCGCUAACAAACGAAAGCAAUACCAACAAGGCGUAGAGAGUGGUGAUGUGGACGAAGAGACGGAGGCUAAAGAUGGCGGUAUGGGCGAGGCCAUGAUCACGCAGGCUAUCCAUACGAUCGAGUAUGUCCUGGGCACUGUGUCGCAUACCGCCUCCUAUUUGCGACUGUGGGCACUGUCACUGGCCCAUGCACAGCUAUCAGCAGUCCUCUGGCAGCGUGUGCUGAAGAUGGGCCUCGGCGGCGGCUCGUACGUCAACGCCGUGAUGCUGUACGUCAUCUUCGCCGUGUGGGCGUUCUUCACACUCGCCAUCCUCGUCCUCAUGGAGGGACUCUCGGCCUUCCUUCAUACGCUUCGACUGCAUUGGGUGGAGUUCAUGAGUAAAUUCUACGAAGGACAAGGUUACGCCUUCCUACCGUUCUCCUUCGCAGCGAUCCUCGAGCACGAAGACGAGAAGAUAGUGGAAACCAACGGCGUCCCGCCAGAGUGACUGUCAGACCAACUAGCAAUAAAUUGUAGCAACUUUACACUGCCUAGCACCUGAAAUUAAACGCAUAAGGCACUCUAAUAUAGUUUUAUCAGAAUUAAAUAGUGCUGUGCCUUCGUAUACAACUAACGAUAAUCCAACAUAUCUUUUGUCGCUUUAUUUCGAUAAGAUAGAUUCAAUUCUGUAGUAAUAAAUGUUGAUAAUUUAUAGCUUAACGGAUUUCGGUCCUUAAUAAAUUGUUAGUACAAAUUAUACCAAAAGACACGAUAUGAUAAUAAAGUGGUGUACUAGUUCAUUGUGUAAAUUCUAUCGAUGUCGAUAAAACGUAAAUUCGGUCAUGUUGUAAUUGUUGUGAUAUGUCACGGUACGUAAGUGACUAUUGAAUAUGUUAAUCGUAAUAAAGUAAAUCUAACUAUUUAGCUUUAAUAUCGAUAUUUUAAUCCUAAGAAUGAUAUAUUUUUGUUUUAUUCCAUUAUUAUAGAUCGACUUCGCGCUGUACAAUAUAAAGACGGGUAUAAGAUUAAAUCUAUAUUUCUCGUCAUAAAGUAGAUGAAUAAAAUAUCUCAUAAAAAUAUUCAAAUUAUCUAAUAAAUGGGAAGACGAACUCUAAACAAAACUGAGGAGCCUUAUUCUCUAUGACAGUGUAAAUUCGUAACGCGGUUGUGUCACACAUUUUAGCGUGGAAUUAGUGUGAAAUGGUAUUCUGUAUGUCAAUUAACACUGUCAUAAACACGAUUAGGUCCGAUACGUUUUUGUUACGCACUGUCAAAAUAAUGUGUGGCAGUGUACAUUCUGCGGCUGAUGAUGUUAGAGAUUAAAGCCAUGGAAGAAAUUUAAUAUUAACAUUAGCACAGCUUUUUAGCUACUUCAAGUCUCCAGUGGUAUUUAAAAUUACGAAAUAUAUUGAAGACAAUUACAAAUACCCUGUGAAUAUUAUUUUUCUAUUCAAACAUUUUAACUCCAUAAUACGUGUUACAAUCGAUUUAGUCUAAUAAUAUCGAUACAAAACACACCGUUACUAAUCGAAGUCGAUCAUUAUCGAUAUAUAUUUUUUGACGUUAUAAUUUUUGACUAUGUUAAAUGUUUAUUUUUCUAAAUUAUUUUAUAUUGUUUGACUAUUAAUAUUGUUAGUUAUUUUCUAUUUAUAUGUUGUGUGAAAAUAUUUUUGAUCCAAAGAUUUAUUGUGUUUCAUCGUUUUAGAGUGUUUAUGUUGUAAAUAUACUUUAGUGCCUUGGAAUUAUAAUAAGUAUUCAUUUUAAAAUAUUAAGGAAUGUUGGUAUACAUAUUACAGUACUUAUCACGUAAGGGUGGUUAUACACGGCUAGUUUGAGGCAGUUGAAAUUACAACAGCAUAGAGGCAUCCCUAUUCUUUGAUUAUGAUCACUUGAGCAUUGAUAACCAUAUCGCUAACCAGUCAAAUCUUUUUUUAUAGAAACACGGCUAGGGGACCCCACUGCACUUAAUGUUAAGUAGAGUGGUGUCCAAUAGAAUGUCGAAUGACGAGAGAUGAUUACCCCUCGGCAGUCGAUACAAUUAUGAUGGCCUGUUCGAAUCAGAUAUACACAGGCUGAUGCCAAAACGCGACACACUUACGUGGGCCACUAUGGCGGGUUUUAACACCUUGUGUACGGUGGUCACUAUCCGGGCGGAUAUAAAAUGUAUACUACCACCAAUCAAAUCUGCUCGAGAAGAUAACCGACUGCUCAAGCUGGCUGUGCAUGGUCGCUCUAACAUCAUUGCUUGAAUGCCUUUGGAAAAUUUUCAUCGAAAUUAAGGUCUGUAGAAUUCAACACAUCGACUAACAAAAUGCAAACUAGAUUAAAACCAUUUAAUUACUUCAAAAUAAUUUGAUAAAAUUACACAAAUUAAAAUAAACAACUAUUAUGUAGCGUUUCUGCCUGGUAACAAAUAGCUAUUGGCAAAUAAGCUCACUAGAUGUCGCUAGAAAACGAGUGAACAUAGACUGACAUAUGUGAUUUCACUAGCAUCAGUUUCAAAUUAAAGGUGCCUUAAAAGAUUAAUAGUGUACAAGUGGUGACCAUAUAUCACGCGACUCACGCCUUGCCACGAGCAAGCGGCUCUAAAAUAACUACUUUUUGCCAAGCUAAACCGGCUUUUAUUCAAAAGUAAUUAGUGUAUAAAUCCAAAUAUAUUUUAUUAUUCAACAAUCAGUAGGAAAUUAGGAUAAGAAGAAGUCUUUAUAUUGUUAAUAAAUAUAUAUUUUAUAUGAUUUGAUUGUUAUUGACGGACCAAUGUGGCCUUAAUGAGGUGGUCGCAUAUAGCUGAGCACGAGAUGCACUCACACUAUUGAAUCAAGAAAUAUUGAAUCAAUAAUCCUUCAUUCUUUAAUGUUGAAAUUCCUGAUUCUUCCUUUCAGACCCCUACCGGCCAGCCCCUUAAACAAAGCUAUAAAUAUUGUCUUAAAUUACUAUAAAAAAUAUUUCAUCGUAUUAUAAUGUAAACGAAAUCUAACUAAGCGAAACUAAGCGAAUAUCUUAAACCGAUUGUAUUACAAUAAACAUGACUACUUCAUUUUAUAUUGUAAACUAACCUACAUUUAAUAAAUACGUAACUGAGACAAGGUUAUAAGGUUACCGUGCGACGCCAUAUGCGACCGUCAAAUAAAACGAUCAUAUAUAAAACUCAUUUAUUAUAAACGUUACACAAACCGACAGCACUCUACAUCUCCACGAUAAUGAGACGAAAUCACACCAUUCCUCAAUAAACGAAUAUAAUCCAA